GGGGAGGGACGGGCCGAGCCCUGAGGCCCCGAAAUGGGUCUGCUAUCAGAAGAUGCACUACGCUAGAUGUGGUGCUUGGAACAGAAUUAGUCAUGGCAUCAGAACUGUGUAAAACAAUCUCUGAGGCGAAGCUGGAAAAGCACAAGAACUUGUUCUUAAAUUACCGAAACCUACAUCACUUUCCUUUGGAGUUACUGAAAGAUGAGGGCCUGCAGUACUUGGAGAGACUUUAUAUGAAAAGAAAUUCCCUGACCACAUUGCCAGAAAACCUUGCACAGAAGCUUCCAAACCUCGUGGAAUUGUACCUUCAUUCAAAUAACAUAGUUGUUGUACCUGAAGCCAUUGGCUCCCUCGUUAAACUGCAGUUUCUGGAUCUAAGUGAUAAUGCCCUCGAAAUCGUGUGCCCGGAGAUUGGCCGCCUGAGAUCUUUACGUCAUCUUCGUUUGGCUAACAACCAGCUGAAAUACUUACCUGCAGAAGUCGGGGACCUGAGGGAGCUGCAGACGCUGGACAUCUCCACCAACCGGCUCAUCACGUUACCCGAGCGGCUGCACAUGUGCCUGUCGCUGCAGUACCUGACCGCAGACCGCAACCACCUCUGCUGCGUCCCCCGCCACCUCUGCCAGCUGCCCAGCCUCAACGAGCUCUCCAUGGCGGGAAACCGCCUGGCCUUCCUGCCCCUCGAUUUAGGUCGUUCUCGGGAGCUACAAUAUGUUUAUGUGGAYAACAACAUUCAUCUGAAAGGGCUUCCGUCUUACCUGUAUAAUAAAGUCAUUGGUUGCAGUGGUUGUGGUUCUCCAAUUCAGGUUUCAGAGGUGAAACUGCUCUCUUUUUCAUCGGGACAGUUAACUGUGUUCCUGCCAGCAGAGGUGAAAUCCAUAGGGACAGAAACAGAUCGUGUGCUGCCGUUGCAAGAACUGGCCAUGAGGACACUCUAUACCACCUACUACAGGCUUCUAAAAGACUUGAACUUUCUGACUCCGAUCUCAUUACCCAAAAGCCUCUUGGAAUUGCUGCACUGUCCCUUGGGACACUGCCAUCGUUGCAGCCAGCCCAUGUUUACCAUUGUCUACCCGAAGCUCUUUCCCUUGAGGGAAACUCCAAUGGCCGGAUUGCAUCAAGGGAGGACAACUGUUAGUUUUGUGGCAUACUGCUGCUCCACCCAGUGUCUGCAGACUUUUGACCUACUGAGUUGAUAAACACUCAAAGCUGCUCAGGAGCCCGGCCAGCUUCAARCCGCAUUAGACAGCGUAGCCCGUUGGUGCUGGAAUACUGUGUGCUGCGUGCGUGUGUGCCAAAGCAGCCGACGUGCCCGCUCGGGAACACGGAGAGGCUCUUAAUUCCUGCCCUAUCAAGGUUGGAUGAACUGCAGAAACUUUUUGGAAGCGUAAAUACCAGGCUUUUACAAGCAUUAACUUCUCUCUCCUCCAAAGCAGCAUGCAAACCAAACAAAAUCACGAGUCCUAUYUCCAGUUUUCCAGUAUUUUUCAAGUGUGCCAGUUUUCAAAUGACACCAAUUCUAACAAUGUUUAAUUGACCUAUAGUUUAAAAAAAAAAGAAUUCUCACAAGCCAAUUUUCAAUUAUUAAUCUGCACAACCCUCCUGCACCUGUASUGGGAGGCAGUUGUAUACAUCUAAGCUGAGAGAAACCUUUGAAGGAUCACAGGGACUCUCCCAUAGAACUUGACUUUAUUUUCUCCCAUUUGUCUUAGUAGUUUUCCCAAUGCAGUUUUACUAGUUGUAGACUGAAUCUCGGGUUAGCUAACUGGUAUUUAAAUCUGUGUGUUCACAGCAGGUUUUUCUUUCUGAUACCAUUACAAGUCGCACUGAUUUCCUUGGCAUAAUGAAGAUAUGUGCAGAGACUAAAGUACCUGUUUUGGUAAUGAAGGCUGAUACUGAUACCUACACUAAGUGGUCUUUCUCCAGCUUGUUUAGGGAUGUGUUUUCCUUAUUUUCAUCUUGGGUUUUUUAGAAAACACUUUCCCUCUUCUUUGAGUUCUUUAGGAWGAAGACAACUUUAAAUACCAGUUUCACUUGGAUAAAAUAGUAAUACAAGCGUAAAUAUUUGUAUUUAUAUCUUAAGUGCAGACCAUAGGCCUGGAAAGAGCCAAAGAGCAGUUCUUCCUCCUUUUCUUGGUUGGGCAUUUGGCUCAUAUCUGAGCGCUAUAACCUCAGAGAAGGUGCAGGAGGGGAGGGCAGUAUGUGUAUGCUGAUGUGCAGGCAUAUAUGCAUACAUUGGGGAUACUCCCAAAAGGGCUGUAACAUCUGUGUUAGCAUGUUAAUAGCGGAUUUAGCACAAAAUUCCCCUUGCCAUCUUUGUGGGAAUCUUUUUGUUUGAUCAUAUUCAUUUUAAAUAAAGGACAAAGGAUGGUUAAAAGGCCCAAAAUAUCUGAAGAACUUAAACGUUUAAUUUUACACUGAAACAGCUUAUAUAAAGUCACUCCCCCUUGACUUGUUUUGGAAUAUAUAAAUUUUUAAUACAAUGUCUUCAUGAUUUAUUCUUAGGUAUAAACCACAUGUUGAUUUAACAGUGUUCUGCUCUGUGCAGUAGUUAGUUGCACUCUGAAAUAGAUAUGAAUGAAACGGUUUGUUUAAAUAUGGCAAGAUAAAGAGGCUUAUUUGGUAGUAUAUUAGCAUAUGUUGUGGUGAGGUGCACAUACUUUGAAGGGAGGGGGCAUUAAAAUGUUUUCCUUUUGCCAAAGAAGCAUUUGUUCCUGCUGCAAGCUUCCUGGCAUCUCUUCAAUGCAUAGAGUAUCUUAAAAGCUUAAAAGAGUACCAAAAAGGCAGGUUUUGGGGGUUGAAUUUUUAGGUUGUGCAUGUUACUUGUAAAAGCCCUGCURGUUCUGCUGGGCUGGUUUCAGAGAGUUGAAUUAGCAUUAAGAAAUGUAGAACUUAAUCCUUCAGGAAUGCAAGUAUCACUACUUUUUAAGAAUUGUGAAACUUUCUAAAAUAAAUCCCACUUAAUAAAACUGCUUUGCAGUAGGGGAAAGAGCCCUGUCCCAAGAAGACUUUGUACUAUUGGAUUUCUUAUUCUCUGUAACUAAUUCCUAAUGUUUCAUUUUGGUACCCCCAACAGGCUUUCAUACCAAGUGGGGAUUACCAUAGAAGCUGCAAUAUGAAUCUCCAGCUGUUUUUUUUCUGCAUUACUACAAAUUUGAGGUAUAAAUUGCCUAUCUUCGUUAUAUGCCUGUAUCAGAAAUGAGCAAGUGUAGUACAAAAUCCAGUAUUUGAAUGGAUGGCACAUGCAGAUGUCAUUAAAUGGUUUAAUUUGCCCUACAGUCCUAUGUGAUGUGCUUAUAGCUUUUGGAGUAGAGCUGUUGUGAUUGACCUGGCAUUUUAACAGGUGUGUAUUGGUAAACAGAAAAAAAGCUAUAUGAAACACACCCAUUUUAAAAUGGCACCUGAUUUCACAUACUAGUCCCCCCUUUAAGUAAAAUAUUGUUACGCAGAAAAUAAUGGUUCAAAAUAUUCUGCCAAACCACUGCUUUACUACACAUGUUAAUUAUUGAUGCAAUAUUCUGAUCAUGUCUUUUCAUUAUCAUUUUUAUUAUGGUUUCCUCUGUAUUCUUUGGAGGAGAUGCUUUGUUGGCAGUUUAUUUUACUGUUUUAAUUUUGUUUUUAUCCUUAGCAACUCAUAGACUUUGUUUCAAACAAGUUUAUUUCUGAAUUCUGUUAAUGGUAUUUUGCAGUUAAAUCUUUUGGCCAUUUAAAAAGUAUAGACUUUUGUUUUAUUAAGAGUCAAACAGUAAGAGUGGGGCUUGACAUUUUUUCCACAAUCUAAUUAUUUUUCAUUGGCUUCGUAUCAGCAUCUUUAUCAUUGUCUGCAAGUGAAGUUCAGCAGAAGAAAUUUUGAUUUGUCCUAUAAGCAGGAUGAAUCUUAACUAACAUUUUGAUAGAUGAUAUAUCAAGAAUGGAAUGUUCAAUGAAUAAAUGACUUAAGCAUGCAAUAGAAGCUGAAAUGUCAUACCCUAUUUUUUUUAAGAAGGAAGAGGAAAGCCAAUAUAUAGACUUAAAAUGUAGCUUAAAUUCAUGUCUCUGUUUUUGUUACAAACAGUGUUUGGAUUCACCUAUAUGAUUAGGUGACACUGUUCUAGAUUAAAAUAACUCCCUUCUCACUCAUCCUUUUUUUUUAUUGUUUUUCUACUGUAACAGUAGUUCCUACUAGUUAACCUGAGGAGCCCACUAUGCAAGUCGCACMGAGGGGAGGGAGCUUGUUGCCGAUUGAACUGGGCAUCACUAGGAUUCUUUUAUGCAAGUUCACUACUUUGUGACUCCUCUUUAAYGCAUUUACUUUUAAGUUGGUUGGAUUGAUUGCUCUUGUUGAUCAGGCCUGUUCAUUCUGAGAUCAAUUUCUCCUCGAGUUUUUAGAACCUGGUGUCAGCUGUAUAAAAAACACCAUUUGUAAGGUUUUCUGUAUCGUAAAAGUAGAUCUCACCUCUUUGCUUAGGGUGGGUCCAGGGGAAGUUUCUGUCUCUAUUUUUUUUAAUAUAUACCAGAAGUUAUGAGAGGAUGGGUUAUAGUUUUUCAACCCAUCGAUAUUCCUAUAAUUUUUUCUAAGAUUAAUUGUAUGGGAGCACAGCCAUAAUUUUUAUUUCUUGUGAUAACAGUCAUUAUUAGUAGUGAGACACUACUGGGCUGUGCUUGCAGUGAUAAGCUUUUGCUUUGCCAUGAAGGAAAUGCAGGAAUCUCUAGCUUUGUUUGAAAAUUCUCAUUGAGCAGUUUUAUACUGGGUGUUGUUACUUUUGGAAUAUGGUACUUGGGAACCUUCCUGCUACUCCCACCGUAGAGGAUCACAAAUACAAAUGUCUUCUCUUGUGCAAAAAACAAGCUCUAGUAUCAAGAAGUGAGUAUUUUUCUAUUGGGMUUGUAUUGAAGUUUAUUACAAACCUCCUAUUUACUUCAUUGUGAUGAGGUCAAGAUCUUAUACUGAGCAGCGUGGAGCAACUUAAUGCCAAGUUGGCUGCAAUUCUUAAUAUCAAAUUCUGCUGAAUCCCAUUUUCUGGCAAGAAGGGAGGAGAAGACUGUUGUAAUCCCCCGUGUGGUAACAGUUUGUCAGGUUUUACUGACACCACAGCCAAGUUGAAGACYGGACGGUGACAAAACUUCCAGUGGAGAAGGUGACUGUUGUUGUUGUUGUUGUGAAGGCCGCUGAGGCCCCAUCCAAGCACUGCUGAUAACAGAAGGACUUUUGCCUUGAUGUCAGUGGGAGCUGGAUCAAGCUUAAGUGAUGAGAGAAGAAUGCGUUUUACUGUCAUGAUCUUCCUUGAAAAAGUUGGGACAAUGAGACUGAAGUCCAUGCCUGUUGUUAGGCAACCUUUCUAUCUGCAGCUGAAUUUACGUAAUUCCAAGAUGUAAUUUUCUUUGCCUCUUACCUCCCUCUUCGUGCUCCUCACAUUAUUGCAAAAUGUUAAUUUGUGAUGGAAGAGGCUGAGGAAAUUGAAUCCAGAAUUUUUAUUACUCUUUG